AUGGGUUUGCCACCUAAGCCCGGAGGGCAGCCUCCCCUUCCUGCUGGGCCGGCGCCGAACUAUGGCGGCGGGCAGGACCCGCAGGCCGCGCAUGCUGCAGCAUGGGCUGCUUACUAUCAGGUGAGUGGCAGCUACUGUCACGACUUUCCUGAAGCACCCCAGGCGCAAGGGUACAACACGGCGGGUUACAAUGCUGGCGCGGCUCAGCCGAGCGCCGGUGCGGGCGGGACGCCUCCGAACCCGUACGCCAACUACGGCUACGGGGCCGGGGCGAGCCAUGCGCAGAACCCGGGCUAUAACGCGGCCGCGGGGUACCAGCAGCCGUAUUCUGGCCAGCAACAGGGUCAGAGCUACCGUCCGCCUCCUCCUCAGCAGCAGGGUUACAACAACUACAACCAAGCGAACCAGCAAGGUUACAACAACUACCAGGGUGGGCCCGGCGGUGGCCAGGGCUACAACAACUACAACGGCCAGGGGGCCGGGUACACGCCACAGCCCAACCAGCCCUACUUCCCCCAGCAGGCGCAGUCGGGCUCCCGCAGUCGCGCAAUGUGUCGGGAGCGUCCAACCCGCCCCGGCCGCCCAGCGGAGGCUUCCCGCGGAGGCUUCCCGCCUGCGAAGCGUCCGCGCUUCGAUGGCCCAGGCGGCGGCGGGGGCCAGAACGGCUCACCGCAAGGCGCCUCGGGCGGCAACUUGCCCCCUCGACCUCCCGGAGGCCGUCCGCAGCAGAACUACUCGGGCAUGGCUCGACCCAUGAGUAACAAUCGUGGUGGCGGUCCCAUCCCCCGCAUCGGGUUCGGAGGUCCGGGAGGACGUGGUGGCGGCGGCGGCGGCCAAGGAGGUGGCAUGCGCGGAGGCGGCGGUAUGCGUGGAGGCGGCCCUAUGCGCGGAGGCAUGCAGCGCCCCGGCCAGAGGAGGGACAACUUCCGCCAGCCCGGGCCUCACACCCAGGGCCAGGGGAAGCGUGUCGACCAGAGCCCCCGCAUGGACCGCAAGCGCAAGGAGAAGACGGAGGCCAAGACGACGAUGACCGACUUCCGCAUCGUCGGCAUCGAGGUCAAGUCGCUCGACUGGUCCUGGGGCCUGAUUGGGGAGCACGUCUUUGAGGAAGACGAGAAGGAGAAGGAGCCCGAGAAGACCGAGGUCAAGGAGGAGCGCAAGGAGGAGCCUGCCGCCAAGGACGAGAAGAAGGAAGAGGAUGAGGAGGAACCGAAGGAGCCCCCGUCAGAAGCCAAGGAGGAGGAGGCGAAGGAGGAGAAGCCCGAUGCCAAGCCCGAGGUCAAGGAAGAGAUGAAGGAGGGCGCGGAGGCCGACGAGGCUGCCGAGCCCACAGUUGGCGCGAAGCGCAAGGCGAAGCCGUCAAGCAUUGACGGUGACGAGUCCCCGAAGAAGCGCUCCUCGUCCUUCGUCUCGCACAAGGACUCUGGCUCCGGUGGUGAGAGGAACGUCCUCUCCUCACCUGAGUCGAACCAGAACCGCUUCCGCAUCUACUUCGAGUCCCCGCCCGAGCUGGACCGCGUGCCUAAGAGCGCGCGCAGGAAUCCGAACAAGCGCUGGAGGCGCGAGAGCUCGAGCGUUGCUCCCAGCCGCCUUGGCGAGGUCGAGGAGCACGAUGAGGAGAAUGCCGAGGACCACGGCGACCACGCCGAGCACUCUGAGGCUCAACCCGAGGGCGAGGCCAAGCCGGCCGAUGCUGAGGCGGAGUCCAAGGAGGCCAAGGAGAGCGAGGCGAAGCCCCAGCCCGAAGCCGAGCCCAAGGCUGAGACCGAGGCGCAGCCUGAGCCCUCCGAGUCCAAGGACGAGGAGAAGAAGGAGGACGGCGGCGAGGAGGCUGGCGACGUGUCGAUGGUAUCCGCGUCGGGAGACGCAGCCGAGGACACCGCUGCCGCCGUCGAGGCGGCUCUCGCCGAGUCGGCCCAGAACACAGCCAGCGCCUACGGCAACCGAACGACGAAGAGCCGCUCGCGCCGGUGGUCCACCAGUAGUCUUGAGAGCCACCAGAGCGAUGCGCACGCCCUGGGCGCUGAGGACCCGAACGUGCCCCAGCCGUCCGUGAACCGCGUCUCGGUCUUGUACGAGGAGAGCUCGCGCCGCCUCGUGUUUGACGCGAGCGUCGUCAGCAAGAUCCGCAUCUUCCGCGGCGAGGGCAGGAUUGAGGUCGAUCUUCUCCCUCAGCCGGCCGAGGCGAAGCCCGACGCCAAGGCUGAGGAGAAGGUGGAGGAGAAGCCUGACGCCAAGCCGGAGGGCGAGGGCGAGGAGAAGCCAACUGACGAGUCCGAGGAAAAGAAGACCGAGGCCGCUGACGAGGCCAAGCCCGAGGAGAAGGAUGACCUGCCUAAGGGCGUUCUGCGUUUCAUCAGCGUCACGCGGGACAAACUUGCCUCCUUGUCUGACGAUGGUUCCCUUCCGCCGCUGCACCGCGUCAACCCCGGCCAAGGCGUCACGCUCACGGUGUACCUGAACAAGAAGAAGCCGCUGUCUGAGCCCAAGUGGUGCCGCACGAAUCAGGCCGAUGAGUGGCUGUGGGAGCAAUUCGGUCGUCGCUCCGAGUCUGGCUGGCGCGGCAAGUUGGAGAUCAUGGACCCCGAUGCCCCUCCGACUCUCGCCACGAUCUUGGACGCGUGGAAGACGUCUUCCUCCUCGGGAACGGCCGCGGACAGGGGGGCGUUCACUGCCUCCUUGCUCGCGAGCCCGAACGACCUGCUCGAGAUCCUCCUCCGCCUGACACGGGGAGAGCGCAACCCGACUGCGUCGAUCGGAACCGGCCCCACGAGCGCCAAUGGUCCUUUAGCCACGGCGAUAAGGGCUGACUCGCCCUACGCGUCCCAUCAGACGCAUGUCAGUCUGGCUAUUCUGGCCAUGUACCGCCUCACGACCGAGUAUGCGGCGCAGGCGGGGCAGAGCGACGUCCUCAACGAGAAGAUUGCGGACAUCAUCAAGUCUCUCCCCACGCACAUGAUUCACAAGUCCCUCGAUGGGCUGUACAAGGAGUGGCAGAAGGCUGGCAACUCGGGCAACGCUGCCUCUGAAGCUCCUGCCUCGUAA